GCCAUUAUCACAAAUAUUUGUGGAUUUACAAUUAAUAAGAAUAUAAUUGUGGCAGCAAGGAGAGCAGACAGCUGGUGGACUCAUGUAAACUACAGGUGUAAUAAACGAGAGGAAUUAUAAACCUCUCUGCAAGUGCUAAGAAAUACGUAUUCUUGUCCUUGUGACGGAAGUAACAUGGGUAAGAAGAGCUGCAAGCCAUUGUCUGCAAAAAACUGUGGUCAGAGGAAGAUAUCAUCAUUUUUCUCUGCAUCUGCAGCACUGAGCAGAGAGAACAAACAUUCAAAUGUUAGUAAUACGUUCACAAGUAAUGUCAGUUGUCAAGAAAAUAAUGCAAGUAGUUCUAGCCUGUCCAGGCCUCAUGAUAUAUCGUUCAAGACAGAAAGUUCCAGGGAGUCUUUCUCCAGGAUAACAUUAACAAAUUCAACAAAUGAAAAUAAUAAAAAAUUACCACAGAAAUCCAGUCUGGUCCCAGAUAAUAAGACACUGCCUAUGGAAGAAGAUACAGAUUUUCUUGAAUUUUCAUCUGAUUCUGAUACCGAAAUUGUUGAAUGCACUCCAGAAAUUAAAAAGAAGAAUAACCCAAGUAUUAUUUUGUUAAAGAAGAUCACAGAGAGUCCAGAAAUUAUCCCCCAAACUCCAGAGGCAUACAGCAGCUGCAAGGUGCCCAACAACAGUUUGUUUUCAAAAUCUAAUUUUGGUAUUAGUGAUAGAUACAAAAUAGGUUCCACUUCCUUGCAUUCUAAUAAAUCCUUUUGUGCUUCUAACUCGGUAGUUAUCAAACCUAGAUCUUUAUCACUGAAGGGUAAGGUCACUUUAAAUAGAUUAUUUAAAAAAAAUAGAGAAAAAUCUAACAUUUCACCUAUAAAGGAAAAUGUAACAAAAACAAAAUUAAACAGUUAUUUAACUUCGGUGAAAAGACCUGCAGUGACUGGAACGGGUGUUUCUCCAGAUAGUAAACGAACCAAUGAUUCUGGAAGAAUGUUUAUUGAUGAGGGAAUGAAGAGUUGCAAAUUGGAUCUUCUUGGGAAAUUUGAUAGUUGUUCUUCAUUGGUAAGGGAACAAGAUGAAAAAAAGACUGCCAAGUUUCAGCCUAAUAUGGAGGAUGAAAAGAAAGAUAAAAGCUUUAGCAUGUUAACACAGUAUAAAAUUUCAAGAAAAUACAAAGGAUUUAAGAAAAAUAGUAAAGAAAUACCUGGAGAGCAUUUACAUGAUUUAGACAAAGUAAUUUUAAGUGAAGAGAUAGGUGGACCAUGUACAGGAACAGGAGAAACAUUUUUAGAAACAAAUGGAGUUUUUUGCCAUUUAUAUCAGAAAGGAGAGAGUGAGGAAGACAAACAUGCACAGAUGAAGUGUGAAAAUGUAUCAGGAUCCCCAGCUGAACUUUACAUUCCAUUUGAGGGUAGCAUUUGUUCUCAGGGCUUUAUUAUCGACAAGUCAGCCAACGACAACCUUGGGAUGAACAAAGUAUCCACUGGGACAGAAAUGCAAGAUAAUUUUGAGGAUUUAUUUAAUGAUGAUUUGGCUCUUGAUUUUGAAAAGAUGUCUCCAUUUAAACAGCAAUAUCAAGACAAAGAGCCAUUAGAUGUUGAAAAUAAGAAAGUGAAGAAACUUAUUGAAGAGGGCCUGGGUACAGAUUCAUAUGCUUGUCAAGGAAACUUUGGGCGUUACGUGGUAACUGCUGUGGAGCAAGAUGCUUAUAAAGGGUCACUUCUGCUUCGACUUGCUUCUGUUCAAAAUGAUGAGGUGAAAACCUGCAAGCUUGAUGGAUUUUGGUCACAGAGUGUGGUGUCAGAAGGCGAUAUUGUGCACAUUCUCUUUACAAAUCUUGCUGAUGAACAUUUUACCAUUGACAAUUCUAAGGGUCUCAUCGUGAUCAACCCAGAUUUUCUCAUCUCUGGAACUUCUGUUGUGUCAGCGGUCUUCUGUCGUCGUAAGGCUGUCUUGAAUGAACGCUUCAAAGGCAUGGAUUCUGGUAACCAGUUGAUGCUCAUUGGCUCUCUCGUGCAUCAACUUUUUCAAGAGGUUGUUAAAAAAAAGACUCAGACUCCCAAUGAACUUGACCGUCUAGUGCAAGAGUUGAUGUCUCAACCCAAGAUACUGCAGGAACUUUAUGGUAUUGGGAUAUCUGAAGCCCAUAUUUAUGAAGAAAUGAAAAAUUUUAUACCUUAUAUACAUGCUUGGUCACAAGUUUACCUUGAGUCUUCCUGUUCAGUUAAAAUUCAAGAAAAGGAAAAAAGAAAAAAUCAGUGGAAUGGAAAAAUAGUGGAGAUCCAGGAUAUAGAAGAAAAUAUAUGGUCACCCAAGUUUGGUGUGAAAGGCAAAAUUGAUUUAACAGUCAAGACUAAUGAACAUGGUGUCUCAAAGGUGAUGCCUCUUGAAUUGAAAACAGGACGACCAAGUUUCUCUGCUGAGCACCGAGGCCAAGUUACUCUGUACAGCAUGAUGAGUAGUGAUAGAAGACAGGAUCCUAAGGCAGGAUUACUGUUAUAUCUUAAGGAUGGUUCUAUGGUUGAAGUGCCAGCAGGAGACAGUGAAAAGAGAGGUCUUAUCCAGCUUCGCAAUGAAAUUAUACAUUACCUUACUGCAAAACCUGUAUUAGAAGAAGGACUUAUGCCUUCAGCAUUACCCCCCCUUUCCGAGCCCUUGAUUUUUAAAAGCUUGCAUGAAGUGUGCCCCCUGCUAACUUGCUCAGCCCAUUUGGAUUAUUUUCGUCAUUGGUGCUUGCUGUUACACUUGGAAGUUGCUGAUGGAAGGAGAGAUUCUGCUGUGAGAGCACUUUGGUGUCAAGAUCCCAUAAAGAGAGAAUCAAGUGGAGACUGCUUAUCCUGGCUUGUUUUGGAAAGUGCAGUGACUGUGAGUGAAGUAGAAGCAGGCCAGUUUGUCCAUUCUUUUGCCAGGUCUCCUACUCAUCCUAGUUCCACCAAACUGCCUACUGUUGGCCUACAGAUUGGUGAUAAUGUUGUUGUGUCAUCGGAGACAGAGAUUGCUCUUAGCUUAGGAGUCAUAUUUGCUUUUGAAGAAGCGUCUGUCAAAGUUGUAUUAGACAGGGAUUUAAAAUUAUACUCCAACUGGCAUAAAAAACAAUUUCACGUGGAUCGAUGUGAAUACCAGAAUACAAUGUGCAUAAAUUUCACUAACCUAGCAAAGCUGCUGAUGGACACUCCUCAGGCUGCACAUCUUAGGGCUUUGUUAAUUGAUAGAAAUCUUCCAUCUUUCAAGCAAGGCCUUUCCAAAGAGGUUGUCUUCAAGGGUAAACACAUCAUUAAGGCCUUGAACAAGACACAACAACGAGCAGUUCUGAAAACCCUCAUGGCUGAGAGCUAUAGCUUGCUCAAGGGUUACCCAGGAACAGGCAAAACCUCCAUCAUUGUUGCUUUGGUUCGGCUGAUGGUUACACAGGGAUUGUCUGUGCUUCUCACUAGCUACACACACUCAGCUGUUGAUAACAUAUUAUUAAAACUCAGAAUGUAUGAUGUUGAUUUUCUUCGUCUUGGGCGAUUAUCACGCAUUCACCCAGAUUUGCGAUCACAUGCUGAUGAAAUAGUUACCCAAAAAUUUAAAAGUGUUUCUUCAUUUUCUGAAUUUUAUGAAAGUAAGCUUGUCGUCGCUACUACCUGCUUGGGAAUCAACCAUGUGAUCUUUUCUAAACGAAAAUUUGAUUUUUGUAUUAUUGAUGAAGCAUCUCAGGUUCUGCAAGUUGCAGCACUUGGACCAUUGUUUCACGCUUCUCGCUUUGUAUUAGUCGGAGACCCCCAGCAGCUGCCACCUGUAGUCCAGAGUAAUCAAGCCAAGAAUUUGGGAAUGUCUGAGUCUCUAUUUAAGCGCUUAGACUCUCAAGGAGCAACGUCAAAUCUGACUCAACAGUAUCGCAUGAAUGGACCAAUAAUGAAGAUCACCAACCUCUUAAUGUAUGAUAAUCAGCUGCAGUGUGCCAACUCUCAUCUGGAGACUGCUACUCUCAACCUCCCUAAUUAUGAUAGUCUGGUAGAAAGUGGUAAAUUAAGUAUCUGGCUCCAAAAGAUCGUAGAGCCUAGUUUAAGAUGCUCAGUGAUGUUCUUGGACACUUGUGGAGCAGCUGCUGAAAACCAUAAUGGUUCCAACAGUGUUGUCAACAGUAAAGAAGCAGCAAUAGUAGUAGCCAUAAUUCAGGCUCUUAUUGAAGCUGGUUUAACUGCAGAUGGUGUUGGUGUAAUAACACCUUAUCGUGCACAAGUGAAACAAAUCCAUGAUCUGGUAGUAAAGGAAGUUACUAUGGGUCAGAGGGUAGAGGUCAACACAGUGGACCAGUACCAAGGACGAGAUAAGGAUGUCAUACUGUACAGCUGUGUACGUUCUGGUGCUCUUAAGUUUAAUGCUAGUGAGAUACUGGAAGAUGACCGACGUCUUAAUGUAGCUGUUACAAGAGCCAAGUACAAACUCAUCAUGGUAGGUGAUACAGCGAGCCUGCACAUAUAUACACCAUUCCGAAAGCUUGCAACCAUUUUGGAACCUCAUCAGAUUUAUCAACUUAAAAAUGGACAAGAAGAUGCCUCAAUGCACCAUCCACCAUUUUUCCUCGUCAACUCUAUAGUUCACCUCAUCUUGCAUAGACCUAUUUGCCGACAAGUCCUCUCCCAAAUAUGCGAACACAUUCACUUCGUCCAUACUCCGUCCUUCCAAGGUGAUAUCCAGUCUUUCAUUACCUUAAGUAAAUAUACACACCUAUUGCUAUUAUUCAUAUAUUCCAGUACUGUUAAUGUAAAAUUCACCCUUUAAAAGAUUUAUGGUUUUAUGUGCUAGAAGAGUAGGAUGGAAGACUGGAAAAAAUACUCAGUUUUAAGAUCUUUGCUUUUAAUGAAUUUUUCUUAAAUAAGCUGGAGUUACUGACUGAAAAUAACAGAUACACUUCAAUGAGUCUUGUUUGUGUCUGUGCAUUUUGUCUUAAUUUGAAAGUAAUUGGUAUAAUUGACAUUUUGUAUGAUACAGUGCUAAAAUGUGUAAAAAUGGUUUUGUAUAUUUUUAUUGUUAAUAAAGAUUUAGUAUUUUUAUACCUGUUUUAAUAUUCCCAGGGGAAAAAAGAUGGUAUUUAAAAUGCUUAUACAGUAUGAUAAGAAUCAUAUUUGGUAGGGGAAAAAUGGCUACUGUAGUUGUAUAUACGUAUACUGUGUGAUGGUAGGAGUGAGAAUAAAAAUACUUUUUGUAAUUGAUUUGAAAAUGAGACUAGUAUGUUAAUUUUGUGCAAGUUUGUAAUUUGAAGUUUCUCAAU